ACCGAAGUUUUUUAACAUUCUGUUAUUUCUGUUACUUUCUGUUUGGUUUUCGAUUUCUUACCAUGACGGGAGUACAAAAAGUUUGUUUAAAUAAUUUAAACAUAAACAUUAAGAAUGCUUUAGUGAUUGGCAUAAUUAUAGCUAAAAAAUGUCCAAGAACCUUUAGUCCCAAAGAGAAAAGUAGCGAAUCACGAGGUGUGAUGUCUUUCACUAUAAGGGAUUCCCAAAUUGAUACAAUAAAUGUCGAUGUGUGGGGUUCAGAUUACUUUGUAACGACUUUUUAUAAUAGAUUCAUCGUUGGAGAUGUCGUUGAAAUUUAUUCGCCAAAAAUUUGCGUCAAAAGUGUGGCAGAUGAAACCUUUAAACCACAGGUAUCAUCUCCAUUUUACCUAUCUAUCAACGAAGGAUCCUCCGACGUGAGUACUUUCAGUGGCGAUACAUAUGGUGCGUAUUUACCGCUGCUCCAUAUUCCGAGUAAAUCAUCAGCGGGCUACUGUGGUCUCGCUGAAGUAAUGAAAUUUACUGAAGGAAAUGGAAAUAUUUAUGUAGACUUGUUAGUUGUUGUGAAAUCUGUGCAACCUGUGAAGAUGAUAAAAACUAAACUCGGUGUGGAAAUGCCGGUACGUGCUGUAGAAAUAGUGGACAACACAACGCCCGCUUCUCUCUAUUUGGAGAUGUUUGAUACCGAUACUAUUCAAAGGGCGGAGGAAUGGCGUCCAUUAGGAAGCGUGUUGUUUAUCGCGGACGCGCGCGUGUCGUGGCGCGGUCGUGGCGCGCGGACGCAGGUGUGCGGGCGCAGCGUCGUCACGCAUCAGCCGCACACUUCUGACGCUGAGGCGCUCAGACUCUAUAUACAAGACCGAGCUGGUACAUGAUACAGUAUCUUCGUACAAGCCGAUAAACUGGUUUUUAUGAAUGCUGGAUUUCAUACAGAGAAUUGCGGUCGUACUGUCAUGAUAUUGUUAUAU